CCUUCCUUUCCCAGCUAUUGCUUUUGUCUUUAAUCAAAAACGUUAUUGCGCUUUAUUCCUCUCCCAAUUCCCUACCUGCUCUAUCUAGCUUAUUUGUACAUUGGAAUAACAUACAUAUUUCCUUCUCCCAUCUCCUUCAGAACGCUGUUGGAAAAAGAGCUUAUGAACCAAAUCGGACAGAUCAUCAUUGCGCCGCAGCAUUUCAGCCAUCCCCUUGCAGCCAGAUUUGAUUUGGCUAAGCUGCAGUUUUUAGAACCCAGGAAUGCGCUUCGUAUCCGAGUCAUAGAAGCCAAAAACCUUGUUGCCAAGGAAAUUUUAACCAAAUCGUCGAACCCUUAUGUUGUGAUAUGCGGAGGAGGAACAACAGCAAAGACAAGGGUGAUACACAAGAACUUGAAUCCAAAGUGGAAUGAGACCUUUGAGAUAUUAUAUUCUGACCUCCCAGACCAGGAGAUAGAAUUUAAUCUCAUCUCUGACAAAGGUGUUAAGAUAAACCAGCAAUUGGGCAGGUGAGUAUGUCCAUAUGUGACCCUAUAAUAACAAUAAGCAGCUGUAGAAUCUGUAGAUACAGUUUCUAACUAUUUUUCCUUUCCCAUAUCUAGUUGCAGAAUUAGAACUAAAGAGGUGCCAGAGAGAGGAUUCAUAGACAAGGUAAGUGUAGCCAGUCAUGUUGAUAUAUAAUGAUAAUAAUAGUAAUACUAAUAAUACAAAGCUUUCUGAGGCAUCUGACUAUG